AUGAGGACAGAUAACAUUAGAAAUAGAAAAGAACAAUUAAAAAAACAAGAGAAAAAAGAUUUUGAUUCGUCAAAAGAUGAAGAAACCAGUACAUCUGAUGAAGAAGAAAGUAGUGGAGGGAAUAGAAGUAAAAUAGCAGGAAAAGAGAAUCAUCAAAAUAAAAAUAUAAUAAAUCAAAAAACAAAUAAUAAUAAUAAUAAUAACAAUAUAAAAGAGAAAGAUAUAAUUGAUAGUUCAGUAAACAAUGCUGACAAUUUAAAAGCAACAGAUCCGCCAUCUGCAAAAUAUAAAAAAUUAGCAAUUCGUUCAGUUAUGGGUGCAUUUAUGAUUGGUUUCUUUACAAUCGUAUUAUCAACUGAUCAUUUCAUCGUUGCAUUAUUUGUAAUCGCCCUUCAAUUAUUAGUAUUCAAAGAGAUGAUUGCAUUAAGAUACAUUGAAGCAAAAGAGAAAAAGAUUCCACACUUUAGAACUCUCAAUUGGUUCUUUUUAUUCACUUCUUUCUUCUUCUUUUAUGCUAAACCAAUCUUAAUCACUUUAGCAAACUAUUAUCCUGACAUCUUUCAACAUUUUGUAAGAUAUCAUCUAUGGCAUUCUUUCUCAUUAUAUUGUAUUGGAUUCGUAUUAUUUAUUUUAACAUUAAGAAAGGGUGUUUACAGAUAUCAAUUUUCACAAUUAACUUGGACUCUUAUGAUUUUAAUGAUGGUAGUUGUUCAAUCAAAUUUCUUAAUUUCAAAUAUUUAUCAAGGUCUCAUUUGGUUCAUCUUACCAGUAUCUAUUAUCGUUUGUAAUGAUAUCUUUGCUUAUUUCAAUGGUUUCUUUUUAGGUAAAAAAUUCAUUAAUAGACCAUUAAUGAAGAUUUCACCAAAUAAAACAUGGGAAGGUUUCAUUGGUGCAACUGGUUGGACAUUAUUAUUUGCUUAUUAUUUCUGUGGUUUCUUACUUAAAUAUGAUUGGAUUGUAUGUCCAAAAGGUAAUACUGGUUUUAUGGAAUCAUUACAUUGUACUAGAGAUCCAGUAUUCUUGGAAAAAGAAUUUAUUUUCCCACCAGAAAUAACUACAAUUGCUUUUAAAUAUUUGGGUAUUACAUUAUUACCAUUUACAUAUAUUCCAAUUCAAUUCCAUGCAUUAGUUUUAGCAUUAUUUGGAUCAUUGAUUGCACCAUUUGGAGGUUUCUUUGCAUCAGGUAUUAAGAGAGCAUACAAGGUUAAAGAUUUCGAUACUAUCUUCCCAGGUCAUGGUGGUGUUACCGAUAGAACUGAUUGUCAAUUCAUUAUGGGUCUUUUCAUUCACGUCUAUUACAAUACCUUUAUCAAAACUCUUGAAAUCGAUCCAACCUUUAUUUGGCAAAAUAUUAUGAUGUUGUCAAUGGAGGAGAAAAUGGUAAUCUAUGAGAAAUUGAAACAAUCCAUAGAGUUUACCACUGGUACUAUUACUGCAUAG